AUGUGGACAUCACUUACAACACACACCACCACUGAAUGGAUANCCAUCCCGAAGAAGUUGACCGCAAAACAGUUCCGACUUUUCCAAAGAGGGCAGAAAGAAGUGCCGCUUUUAAGGCCGGCCGCAGAUAAUGACGAAAAAAGUGAAACAAAUGACUCGGAAUGGCCGACAGAGUUGGAGGAGAAGGAGUUAUCACAGAGUACGAGAAAUAUAUCGACCCGUUUGGAGGAUUUACUACAGAACCUGAAACAACAAAAAAGGACAGUAAGGGAUGUACUGACGGCCCAAUUGGACAGUCUUAAGAAAGAAGGACCCAAAAUGCAUUAGACGACACACCGGCUCACGAUAUCCACAACCAAACCAUACCUUUAUUUCCAAUAUAUCUUCGCUGAAAACAAAAUCUACUCGUCUUUAAUCCAUUAAACCAAUUGUAAGAAUAAAUCAAUCAAUUUCUCAAUCAAUCAUUUAUUCUCUCGUAAUAAUCUACUCUUACAAACACUUCUCAAACAUAUAAUGAACUAAAAAUAUACCAUCAAACCAAUCCUUAUAAUACAGUAUCUAAAUCACUAUUUUAGACAUAUUUUCGAAAUUUUCAAAACUGUUAUUCGGAUUACAUAUUUACAAAACUAAUAAAAGACAUCUAAAUUGACAGAUAUAUUGUUUUUUAUAUAUUGAAUGAACAGAGACUUAAGAAAAAUAAUUUUCGUAAAGUUUUAAAGAGAGCUUGAGUUUGACUUUUAUAUAUAAUGUUAUUUCUACGGCUAAGAAGUUAUUUCAUAUAACGGAUAUAUGAAUACUCUAAAAGUUUGUUGAACAUAUUUGAAUUCAACAUUUUUAUUGCUAUUAAUUGCUAUUUAAACAUAUUAUAACUAAAUAAUAAUGUGAAAAAAGGUUGAACUACCGUAUAUUGUAACAUAUGUGACGGAAAAUGCACUCAAAAUUUUUUGUGAUAAAUCAAGAUAUUUAUGUAAAAUUUAUUACAUUUUGAAUAGUUUAUAACAAUAUCACACUUACUAUAUCUCACUACUAAAUAGUGUUGUCUUUCCAGUCUAUAAAAUAAACAUAAGAUAUAAAUUUUACUAUACCUUUUAUUAUUAUUAUUAUUAUUAUUAUUAUUAUUAUUAUUAUUAUUAUUAUUAUUAUUUU